GGCUGUCCGUCUCAUUUUGCUCGGCAGCUGCGGCUUGGGGAUGAGGUGCUGUGAUAUUAAUACCAAGUAAACAGAAGUGACAUGAAAUUCAGUACCUUUUUUAAAUUAUUUAAAAUCGUGUAUUUUGGUUCUUAAUAAGCUCUGUUUGUCUUUAAAAAACAGCCUAUACAUCAUCUCAUUCUCAUCUUAUAGUUAUACCAGUAUUUUGGGUUGAAAAUUUACGUUUGUAGGUAAUUUUUUUUUUUUGCAUACCGUGCUAGCUGGAGCAGAAUAAAAAUAGGCUUUUUUUCUGGGUUAUUCACCUGAUCACAGAGCUUGCAGUUCAACCCGAGUGAAGAGAAGAGAAUGCUAAAGGAUGAGUCAGAGGGACACACUGGUUCAUCUGUUUGCUGGAGGCUGUGGGGGCACAGUUGGUGCCAUCUUGACGUGUCCACUGGAGGUUGUCAAGACGAGGCUGCAAUCUUCUUCAGUGGCACUGUACAUCCCCGAGGUACAGUUGAGCUCCGUGAACGGGGCCAGUGUCGCCCGUAUGUCUCCUCCUGGACCCCUGCACUGCCUUAAAGCGAUCUACUUUGCGUCCUACUCAACGGCCAAAGAGAAGCUAAGUGGCAUACUCGAGCCGGACUCCACGCAGGUGCACAUGGUCUCUGCCGGCCUUGCAGGCUUCACAGCUAUCACGGCCACCAAUCCGAUCUGGCUUAUAAAGACUCGCCUACAGUUGGAUGCCAGGAACCGUGGAGAGAGGCGCAUGAGCGCAUUUGAGUGUAUAAGGCGUGUGUAUAAAGCUGAUGGGCUACGCGGCUUUUACCGUGGUAUGUCGGCUUCCUAUGCAGGCAUCUCUGAGACUGUCAUUCAUUUUGUCAUCUAUGAGAGCAUCAAGCGUAAACUCCUCAAGUCCAAGGCAAGUGCCAAUAUGGAUGAUGAAGAUGAAUCGGUUAAGGACGCCUCCGACUUCAUUGGAAUGAUGCUGGCUGCUGCCACCUCCAAAACCUGCGCCACAUCCAUCGCGUAUCCACAUGAGCUGAUCCGUACCCGGUUGCGAGAGGAGGGCAGCAGGUACCGCUCAUUCUUCCAGACUCUGAGCAUGGUGGUUCGAGAGGAAGGAUACAGAGCACUGUAUCGAGGCCUCACCACCCAUCUCAUCCGCCAGAUCCCCAACACGGCCAUCAUGAUGUGUACCUAUGAGCUGGUCGUCUAUCUGUUAAACGGCUAAAACCGUAGAGGAAGAGAAGAGAAGGUCAGAAAGAGGAGGAGAGCAAUAGAGAAUGGACAGCACAGAGAGAAGUUUGUCCCUUAAUGAGACCAAAGGAAGGAGAGUGAGAGAGAGUUAGGACAAAGAGAUUUAUGGGCCAGACCUCAAUGAGGUCCUGUUGGCACAUGGCAAGUAUUGCUGCUGGUUUUGAAGCAACAAAAAUUGAAGCUUGCUUCAAACCAAGCCAAAAGAAAGAUGAGAGAGGAAGGAAAAUUGGCCUGUUUCUCUUCUGAAUCUGUAAUGUGAAACAGUCCUUAGAGGACUGUCAAGAGGGUAAUGCUUGAAAACAAAACAAAAAAUUAGUUCACGUCAUCUGAAUUCAUUCACAAUGAGUUCGGUUUUUUUUGUUUGGUCAUUUCCUUCUGAAAUUCUGAAUGCUUCUUUAUGAAGCUGUGAUUAUUUUUCUUUCUUUUUGUGUGACUGCAAAGCUUUAUCAGUGUUUACUUCCUGGCAGCCAGCAACAAAAUAAAUUUCAGAUUUGCCAGCGAUGUCAAAAACAUGAGCAAAAAUGGCACUGAUUGUUCAUUUUCAAACAUUUCCCUCUAGAGGUCAGCGUUUCCACACUGACGACAGCUCCCCACGCACACGUGACCGUUUGGCGUUUCAGUCAUGUGCCGACGCCAAACGAUCAGAUCUGUGAUCCUUUUGCGUACUUCAAACUGAAGUGUUGUCUGUUCUGUUUGGAUUUUUUAAACAUCCUUCUUGUCUGAGUGUUUAUAAUGACCAUACUUGUUUCCUAAUACCUGCCUGUUAAAACCUACAUGACAGGUGAUCGAGGAGACACUGGCCGGGACUGGAAAACGCCGCUACUUGAAUUAAAAAAAAAAUAAAAAAUCUCAGUAUUUUGUCCAGAAACAUAAAAUAUCAAGGAAUUAACUCCUGUCCCACUUGCUAGCUCUCUUCUUGUGGUGACACAAAGCCAGAAACCAGAAAUUCGUUCCACACUUCUGCUUCCCCAGUGGCUUUUCUGACCAUAUAUAUAUGCACUUUGUAGCAUUUCCAGGCUACAUGAUCUUUGUUUUCUGUGUUGGACAGUUUACUAUAGAACUUGUACUAUAAGACAUAGUAUUUACUAUAUAAGCAAGACAGUGUUUUGCGCCACAGUUCCUUUUGGAGGCUGUUGUACAGAUCAGUCUAGUAAACUUCUAGUGAAGGACAUUGUGUUCGUGUGUAUAAAAAUAUGUAUGUAUACAUAUUAGAUAUUCCGUAUUCCUAUGAGUAUGCAAUAGGUUGUAACAGGAAUGAAUGUGCUGGGUUCAUUUCAGUUCUUGCGUUAACACUAGGGAUGCAUUGAUGCUGAUCCGGUUCUCAUGAACCUUUCUCUGUCUCAUACCAUGUGCUAUUUAUGUGACAGUGUAUGCUGCCACACUAAUGAACAAAAUGACAUCAACCUGGAUGUAUUUCCUGAUUGCCAUCAAAUCUAAUCACACUCUCUGAGCUACUAUAGCGAUGUCCGGCAUAACUUAAUUUAGUUUAAACCGCAUCUUUAAUAGUGUGUGAGGACAGCCAACCUGAGUGUGAGUUGCUGUGAAUUGUGCACACAAUAUACAAUUUUUACAAGCUCAAAACUGUGAGCAGUUCAAUUCUGCGAGCACUGGGACACUUGUGCUUCCUUCUUUUUGCGCUUACUCAUCCCUGGCACCCUUUUACUGUAUAAGACAUAAUUCAGCAUGAGGAGUCCAUUGUGAGAAGGUAGCAGCUAAUAUAAACAGAGCUAAAUAAUAUGUUCAAGGAUGCCCUGAUAUCAGCAAACAUCAAAAUAGUGCACUCGCGCAUAUAUACACGUGUGUGUAUGUAUGUGUGUGUGUGUAUAUAUAUAUAUAUAUAUAUAUACACACACACACAGGGAGUCGUACGACUGACCAGUCAUAAACCGAUCUGGUCGUAAGUCGGCCUAUGUUAAAUGAACGUAAGUAUAUUGUGAUGUGUAAUGAUAUUGUAAUCAUCUUAAAGUCUUAUUUUAUCAACAUUUUCUUAUUUCAUUACCUUGGCUCAUUAUUUGGUUUAAGUCAGACACUGCAUACUACACCGCGUACAGUACAAUUCGUUAAAUAUGUGCAAAACAAAAAAUAUGAAAUACAGGUGUGAAAAAUAGAAAACAUUUUAGUUUGAAACAUACCAAAAUACAAAUAUAAAACAGCAAAAUACAAAAUUUAGUGACCGCUGACAUCACUGGUGCUUGGCUGUGGGUCGUCUACGUCAUCAUCAGCUGUUGCAGCGCUCGGGCUGGCGGGAGCAUUUGCUCGUUUCAUAAACCAGGAGCUGGGGUGGAAACUGUAUGACGGAGUGCACGAGGGAGUGCGAGAGAGACUGUGCAUGUGCCUGGAGCUGGGGCGGAAACUGUUGUACGCGGCGAGAGGUGCUGCCGGGAGCUGGGGCGGAAACUGUCGUACGCUCAGCUGGGAAACAAGUCAUAACCAGACAGUCAUAAAGUCGAUCGGUCGUAAGUCGCAUAGGUCGUAAGUCGACGACUACCUGUGUGUGUAUAUAUAUCAUCUCAUCUCAUUAUCUCUAGCCGCUUUAUCCUGUUCUACAGGGUCGCAGGCAAGCUGGAGCCUAUCCCAGCUGACUACGGGCGAAAAGCGGGGUACACCCUGGACAAGUCGCCAGGUCAUCACAGGGCUGACACAUAGACACAGACAACCAUUCACACGCAUAUUCACACCUACGGUCAAUUUAGAGUCACCAGUUAACCGAACCUGCAUGUCUUUGGACUGUGGGGGAAACCGGAGCACCCGGAGGAAACCCACGGGGAGAACAUGCAAACUCCGCACAGAAAGGUCCUCGCUGGCCACGGGGCUCGAACCCGGACCUUCUUGCUGUGAGGCGACAGUGCUAACCACUACACCACCGUGCCGCCUGUGUGUGUGUGUGUAUGUAUGUAUGUAUAUAUAUAAAAAAAAUUUUUGUUUUACACAAAAGCUAUUGAUGCAUCCCUAUUUGUUACAUUUUAAAAUAUUCCUUCCCCCCCCAGUUGAUUUCUCAUUCGUAAUUUGUAUCUGUGAGUAAUGCAGAAGUUAUACUUCUGUUUCUUCCACAGAUCAAGUGUUUGUCCUCGACAUUAAGUCUCAUGAGCUGAUGUAACAAUACCUCUCCCAUCAUCCUUUGCUGCCAACCAGACUGUGGUGUACCGGUAUUACAUUAUAGGAUUAUAUUUAUAUUUAAUCCUGAAUGACACACAUUUGCCAUACUGUCACAAAAUGAUCAUCUGUAAUUCAAAUUAAUGUAUGUUUUAAGGUGUUUUUAAUAAAAAAAAAAGUAAAGAUGGUACUUAAUAAAUCAGUCAUGAUGUACUUAAGUGUUUGUGCACUAUUCGUAGAAAUACACAAAUGUGUUACAAUUGAUUAUCUGAACCACCAAUCAAAUUCACAAAAUACUGGUCUGCCAGACAGAAUGAAAUUGUAUACAACCAGUUCGGAUGUUUCUGAUGGACUACAUUUUAAGGUUUACAUCAUAAUCCAGAUGCUCAGCGGGAAGGGGGAAAAAAAAACUUGUAGUUUUCCUGCAUCUUCAUACUGGGUCAACACUAACAAUGAAUCGGUCAUACAUCAGCUUUUGAUUUUUUUUCUUUCUUUCAUGUGUGUGUGUGUGUGUGUGU